AUGGGGGACAUGUUUCGCAGUGAGGAAAUGGCAUUAUGCCAAAUGUUCAUACAACCGGAGGCUGCCUACACCUCUGUCUCGGAAUUGGGCGAGACUGGUUGUGUACAAUUUCGUGAUUUGAACAGCAACGUCAACGCUUUCCAGCGAAAAUUCGUCACCGAGGUGCGCCGUUGCGAUGAGCUCGAACGCAAAAUACGCUACAUUGAGGCGGAAAUCAAGAAAGAUGGCAUUGUGUUGCAAGACAUUCUAGACGACAUCCCCCGCGCCCCCAAUCCACGUGAGAUCAUCGAUCUGGAGGCACAUUUGGAGAAAACCGAAAAUGAAAUUCUCGAGUUGGCCCAAAAUGAGGUGAACCUCAAGUCGAAUUACUUGGAAUUGACCGAAUUGCGUAAGGUGCUCGAGAAUACGCAAGGUUUCUUCUCCGAUCAGGAAGUGCUCAAUUUGGACUCUAGCAAUCGUGGUCCAAAUGCCGAUGUGGAUGUCGGCCCACAGAAUCGUGGUCGUCUGGGUUUCGUUGCGGGCGUGAUCAAUCGCGAGCGUGUAUUUGCGUUCGAGCGCAUGCUUUGGCGUAUUUCACGUGGCAACGUGUUUCUGAAACGUUCCGACUUGGAUGAUCCACUUAAGGAUCCCUCAACCGGUCAUCCCAUCUACAAGACCGUCUUCGUUGCUUUCUUCCAAGGUGAACAGCUGAAGAAUCGCAUUAAGAAGGUCUGCACCGGUUUCCAUGCGUCCAUGUAUCCAUGCCCAAGCUCUCAUACGGAGCGCGAAGAAAUGGUUAAGGGUGUACGUACACGCUUGGAAGAUUUGAAAUUGGUUUUGAGCCAAACUGAAGAUCAUCGCAGUCGUGUGUUGGCUACUGUUUCGAAGAAUUUACCAUCCUGGUCGAUUAUGGUGAAAAAGAUGAAGGCAAUCUACCACACAUUGAACUUAUUCAACAUGGACGUCACAAAGAAGUGCCUAAUCGGCGAGUGCUGGGUACCAACCAAGGAUCUACCUGUUGUACAGAAGGCCCUAUCGGAUGGCUCAGCUGCUGUUGGCAGCACUAUACCAUCAUUCUUGAAUGUGAUUGACACAAACGAACAACCACCAACAUUCAAUCGCACAAACAAGUUUACACGCGGUUUCCAGAAUUUGAUUGACGCCUAUGGUGUAGCCUCCUAUCGCGAGGCUAACCCCGCUUUAUAUACAUGCAUCACUUUCCCAUUCCUGUUCGCUGUGAUGUUCGGCGAUUUGGGUCACGGUAUCAUUUUGGCAUUGUUUGGCGGCUGGAUGGUGAUGUACGAGAAGAGCUUGCAAAGGAAAAAGGCUGGUGAAAUUUGGAAUAUUUUCUUCGGUGGCCGUUACAUUAUACUUUUGAUGGGUCUCUUCUCUUGCUACACCGGUUUCAUCUACAAUGAUAUAUUCUCAAAAUCAAUGAACGUCUUCGGCUCAACUUGGCAGAUACGUUACAAUACCUCCACUGUACUGGAGAACCACGUUUUGCAGUUGUCACCCAAUCAUAGCACAAACGGUGUAUAUCCUUUGGGCUUGGAUCCCAUUUGGCAAUUAGCCGGAAAUAAGAUCAUCUUUCUCAAUACCUACAAGAUGAAGUUAUCCAUUAUUGUGGGUGUAGCACAUAUGAUCUUUGGUGUCUGCAUGUCUGUUGUGAACUUUAUGCACUUCAAACGUUAUGCCAGCAUAUUCUUGGAAUUCUUGCCACAAAUUCUGUUCUUGAUUUUACUCUUCGGUUACAUGGUGUUCAUGAUGUUCUUCAAAUGGAUUAAGUACAAUCCGAAAACCGCAUUCCAACCGGACACUCCCGGUUGUGCGCCAUCGGUUCUAAUUAUGUUCAUCAACAUGAUGUUGUUCAAGAGUUCACCGCCAUUGGAGGGCUGCGAUGAGUACAUGUUCCCAGCGCAACCUGUCGUCCAGCAAUUGUUCGUAUAUAUCGGUUUGCUAUGCAUACCCUGGAUGUUGUUGGGCAAGCCAUUGUACAUUAAAUUCACACGUAAAAACAAAGUGCAUGUUAAACAUAAUGGCGAUUUAACCGGCAAUAUGGAACUUGCCGAAGGCGAAACACCAAUACCAACCAGCCUAGAUGAAGCCGAUCACAGCGGCGGCGGACACGGUGGUCACGACGACGAACCCAUGAGUGAAAUCUAUAUUCACCAAGCCAUUCACACCAUUGAAUAUGUGCUCAGUACAAUUUCGCAUACGGCCUCCUAUUUACGUUUGUGGGCUUUGUCUUUGGCUCAUGCACAAUUGUCUGAGGUCUUGUGGAACAUGGUGUUGGCGAUGGGUUUGAAGAGCGCGGACUAUACUGGUGCAAUUGCUUUGUAUUUCAUUUUCGGCGCCUGGUGUCUCUUUACGCUGGCCAUCUUGGUAAUGAUGGAAGGUCUCUCAGCCUUCUUGCACACCCUGCGUUUGCAUUGGGUCGAAUUCAUGAGCAAAUUCUACGAAGGUUUGGGCUAUGCCUUCCAACCGUUCAGCUUCAAAGCAAUAUUAGAUGGCGAAGAAGAGGAAUAAACGUUGUGUCCUUCAUAUAUAAUUGUUAUAUAUUCGCUUGUUCUUAUGCGAUAUCAGUAUUGUGGUACUCUUCCCACAUUUUAAAGUGCCUUCCAAUUAUAAUUUUCCUUAUGUGAAUUCCACGUCCGUCUGUGUCAUAAGUGUCUAUUACAACUGUUUAUAUUAGUAAUUUGUUUUUGUUAAAAUGUUUUUGUACGUCGUACGUCAAAUUAAGUUUGCAAUAUGAAUUGUUUGAGUAAGUCAGCAUAUAGUGAAUAACUGUUAAAAUACUAUGUGCGAAUUAUGCGAGUUGCAGCACUAAAAUAUUAUACAAGCAAUUUAUAUAAAGUAUGAUGAUUUUGUUUAAUAAAGUUUAUAGAAGAGAGCAGAGCAAA